AUGGCUGCUUUUCAUUGUUCCGUGCGGGCAUUUCCCGCGUCUGUCGAGUUUCCUGGAUCCGGGGAUCCGUGGACGAAAGUCGACUGCAAGAACACUAUUCUACAGUACACAUUGUCGAAAAAUGUGCAGAGUGAUGUUGCUGAUGAUUCAUCGCGGCUUCUCCUGACGACUGUGAAGAAGCUCACUGAUAGUUCCAACCGCGUUUCCUUGGGCUGGAACGAAGAAGGCCUUCCCGGUUUUGAGCGCGUCCCUUUUCCGCCGAGCCGUCGGCUGACCGCAGCGGAGGUGUUCGACGCCAAGACGGGGAAGCCGAAGCCGGACGUGCUCAAGCAACACUUUGUGCUGGAGGGGCGGAUCGAGGAGGCGGCGGCCCUAAGGAUCAUCAACGACGGCGCCACUAUCAUGCGUCAGGAGCGGACCAUGAUCGACAUUGAAGCCCCCGUCACAGUCUGCGGGGACAUCCACGGGCAGUUUUACGACUUGAUGAAGCUGUUUGAGGUCGGCGGGCCGCCGUCGGUGACCAAGUACCUUUUCCUCGGCGAUUACGUCGACCGAGGCUACUUCAGUAUAGAGUGUGUUUUAUAUUUAUGGGCGCUUAAAAUCUGUCAUCCGACAACGCUGUUCCUGCUCAGAGGGAACCACGAAUGCCGGCAUCUUACCGAGUAUUUCACCUUCAAAUUAGAAUGUAAAAUCAAGUAUUCCGAGAGGGUUUAUGACGCGUGCAUGGAGGCCUUCGAUUGCUUGCCUUUGGCGGCGCUGAUGAAUCAGCAGUUCCUGUGCGUCCACGGCGGCCUGUCGCCGGAAAUCCACUCACUUGACGACAUUCGCAGGCUCGACCGGUUCAAAGAGCCACCCGCAUUCGGUCCGAUGUGCGACCUUCUGUGGUCUGACCCUCUGGAAGACUUUGGGAGCGAGAAGAACUCGGAACACUUCUCGCACAACUCAGUCAGAGGAUGCUCGUAUUUCUAUAGCUAUGCGGCGGUCUGUGAUUUUCUCCAGCAGAACAGUUUGCUGUCAAUAAUCAGGGCACACGAGGCCCAGGACGCUGGGUAUCGGAUGUACAGGAAGAGUCAAACCACCGGGUUCCCAGCUCUCAUCACCAUCUUCUCCGCGCCGAACUACUUGGACGUGUACAAUAAUAAGGCGGCAGUAUUGAAGUACGAGAACAAUGUGAUGAAUAUCCGACAAUUUAACUGUUCCCCGCACCCGUACUGGCUGCCCAACUUCAUGGACGUGUUCACGUGGUCCCUGCCUUUUGUGGGCGAGAAAGUCACGGAAAUGCUGGUCAACGUCCUCAACAUUUGCUCUGACGACGAGCUCAUUCAUGAAUCCGAGGACUCGCAGGAAGAAGGGGCUCAGGGCGCGGCAAGGAAGGAGGUGAUCCGCAACAAGAUCCGAGCAAUUGGGAAGAUGGCGCGAGUCUUCUCCGUCUUGAGGGAGGAGAGCGAGAGUGUUCUGCAGCUCAAGGGCUUGACGCCAACCGGUGCUCUGCCGCUUGGAGCCCUGUCUGGUGGAGCGGACUCUUUACGGACGGCCCUGGCUGGGUUCUCGCCGAACCACAAGAUCACGUCGUUCGCGCAGGCCAAGGGACUGGACGCGGUGAACGAGCGCAUGCCGCCGCGGAAGGACUACUCUCCGGACUCGUCUGGCGGCGGCUCAGGUGCGGCAUCGAGCGGGUUGGCGGCAGUGGCUGCGGUCGGCUUACCGCCAGCUGCCACUGUCGACGCCGCCGCCGCGACGGGUACCCCGAAUGCCAAUGGUCCCAACUCCUCCCAACCACCUUUGGCCACCAGGAUCAAACCCGCUCCUCACACGUGAACUGACUUGUAUCCUGACGGUGGUCCCUCUUACCGAUGCCAGUAGGAAGAAGGGGAAUCACGCCAAGCCAGAAUGAGAAGAAGAGGUGCUAGCUGGGAUGAGAUGAAGGCGACAACAACUGCGCGCAUGGACGAGGAUGUUCAACAAGAUACCGGGUGGAGGAGUGAAAUUGCACUGGAUGACUUUUUUUUUUCCUUCUCUUUCCUUUCUUUUCCCCCCGAGUCCUAUUGUAAAUGAACCUUGUACAACCCAAAGAUGAUGAUUAUGCAUCCUGCGGGCGGGGGGAAAGAAAUUGUUGGUUUUAUCGCAUUCGCGUUUUUUUUUUUUUCUUCUUCGUUCUUAAAAUUUUUUUUUUUAGUGGGAGGGGGUUUAUUUAUAUUCCCAUUUUUAAUUUAAUUUUAUUUUUUGCUGUGGUCGACGUGGAUAUGAUGGAUUGGAUCCAGUGGCUUACAGUAGUCCUGCCCAGUUCUGUGCUGUCCCAACGUGUCGGCCUCAUUUGAUAUCAAAUCAAAGUCUAUGCAUUCAUGGUGCUGAGGAAUGUUCGCUUCUUGCCUUGAGGAGCAACGGAAAGUCCUGCGGCGAGGACUCUCGACUACGCCCCGUGCACGACCUGCUGCUUUUUAUUUUCUUUUUCCCGAGCUGUAAAGGGUUUCUUCGUUCGGUUGUUUGCAAAAGUCGAGUCUGAAAGCAAUGUUUUCUGAGGGCCGUCUCGCGUCGAAGACGGAUGGCCCUCGGCAUGAUGAACCCAUAGCAUUACACAACCUUACCUUUAACGUAGCGCGGAGGUGAAUAAGGAGGAAUAGGUAUGGGGCCAUGGUCCGCGGCGCAUUGAAAUCCUUUUAAUUCGAUCAUGCUGGUUUUUUUUUUAUUUUUCUUUUGGUGCCGCGACGACAACGAUCAUCAUCAUCGUUGUGGCGGUCAUUAGCUGCUGCGGUACUCAUCUAUUUUGUUAUAGGAUGGUGAUGGAUUUUAUGAAAUGAUCCCCGCUACGCGAGAAUCGGGCCGUAGGCGAGCUUCGUUUCCUACAUGGUUGCGUGCGGGUGAUGUCUGUCAUCGUCAUGGCAGCUGCUGGAACUGCGUUUUGCUCCUUUCCUCUACCUCUCUUUCUUUGGAUUCUUUCGCGUGUCAUAUUUCUUACCAACGAAAGUAGGAAGUUUCUGUCAUCAUGCGGUCCUUUUCCUCGCGACAAAAGUCUACUUAAGUGAUGAGCAGCGUC